AUGACAACUCGAGAUAGAACACCUUCAUAUUUAUUAUUAAAAUCCGAAUUCCAAAAUGGUAGAAAAGUACAUAAAAAGUAUGAGGUUAUCAAUGGAAGAGAAUUCACAGGUAUUGCACCUUUACUAUCAUAUAAGGAUGGAGCUAGUAAAAAAAUAGUGCAUGAAGGUUAUCGCCAAUUACCAAAAUUACAAGAGGAGGAAAUGCUACCUCUUUGGUUACAUAAAACCAGUGACAUAGAUAAUAGUUUAACUAAAAUUUCAGAUUUGGUUGUUAAAUUAAAAAGCUAUCAUGCUAAUAAUUUAUUACCCAACAUGGGGGAUUCCAGUAAAUUAGAAAAAUCAAUCGAAAUUACAACUCAGGAAAUUACAAGACUAUUUCAUAAAACUAAAGAUUUAAUAAAUCGAUUUUCAUUAGACUCAAAUAUAUCAGGAGAUCAUUUAAAACUAAAGAAAAAUAUACAGGCCUCAAAAUUAGAUAAACUACAUGUAUUAUCACUUUACUUUAGACAAAUACAAAGAUCAUAUUUAUCAGCACUUCAAAAAAGGACCAAUUCAUUUCAAGAUAUUUAUAAAAACAAUAGAGCUAAGGUUGAAGAUUUUGAUGACGAUGAUGAAGAAAACGAAACUUUUUCAUUUGGGUUUACAACUGAGCAAAUAGCAAUGGUAGAUGAAAUGACUGAAAAUAUCACCAAAAGAGACAAAGAAAUUAGACAGCUGUUGGUAUCGAUUGCAGAUUUAUCAUCAUUAUUCAAUGAUAUCAGUAUUUUGGCUAAUCAGCAAAGUGGGGUUUUGGAUAACAUAGAAAACAAUUUAAAUGAUGUGGAGGGUUCCACCAUUGCCACCAUAUCCAAUUUAGAGGAUACCAAUAGAUACCAUAAAGAGUAUAGAAGUAGAUUAUGUAUAUUGAUGGUAUUAAUAUGCUUGGUAACUUCAAUGUUUGCCAUUUAUAUCUUAAAAAUAAUAUUUUAA